AGUAGUAGGCCUACUACGCACCAGCGCACAACUGCAAAAAACACACUGCACACUAUUUUGUCUGCUCUAUGGUCUCCUUGAAUGGUUGGCUGCUGAGUGCACCAUACUGUUGCACAACUGACAUCCGUUCGAUCGCUUCGCUACAGAGAGUGCGGACACUGAGUCCGUGUAUAAGGCUACAUGUAACUUCCGGAUCGAUAAGGUAGGUAAAUUCAAUGUUGGAACUUGCAGGUCGGUGGUGGAAUUUAUAUGAAGGUUUUGGACUGAGUGGUAAGAGAUCCCCGGCGCAGACAUGACCGAGCCACCAUCUGAAGACUCACCCCUUCUUAAUCAAGAUGGCGUCCGAGGCAGAUCCGUGUGGACUUCAAUGGCGCUCUUCUUGGUCUUUCAGAUACUUAUCUUAAUCCCCGGUGAACUUGUCAUGGCAACGCUGGGGGUCCAAUUCGCGCGCUCUACGUUUGUUCGCCAGCGUAACUUCACCCUUCCCGUAGGAGGCAACGCUUGCGACUCCAGCAACAUAAGCCAAGAGCUGAACGACAUUCAGUCGGAAACAGCUCUGUUCUCGACGUACCAAAGCUUCCUGGUAGACCUCAUUCCUGUAGUAACCGGUCUGCCGCUAACCGCUGUGUCAGACUACACCGGCCGCCGGCCCAUCAUUCUCCUAAGAUGCCUUGGACCUUUAAUCAUGGCCACUGGCUUCCUUGUGGUAUCAUACUUUGAGCUGUCUGUUUACUACGCUCUCAUUGGAAGUGCUGUUUUCGGUAUCUCGGGUGGAUAUGUGCUUCUUAAUUCAGUCAGCCUGCUGUAUGUGACAGACAUUGUCUCGGCCAAGCAAAGAGGUGUGGCUUUAGCUACAAUCUACGGAACUCAGAACACUGUUAUGUAUCUAGCUCCAUUCAUCUUGAACAGUUUGCUGGGUGCGUUGUCUUCAUUCACCACCAUCUAUCUGAUCGUCACCUGCUUCGCACUGUUAGCUCUCCUCUGGAUGCUGCCUCCGGGCAUCAUUCGAGAAUCCGUGGAGAAGCGACCGGUAGAUCUUCGUGACCUGGCCGGCAGUGUUACCCGAGGCAUUCGUAACGUGUUCGCGAGUUCCACGGAGGGUCGAAGAUGGAGAAUUGUGCUGAUCUUUGUUUGCUAUGCAGUGAUUAGCUUUACGUUAUACGGCUUUCAGAACACGGUCGAUCUGUACGCUCUAGGAAAGCCUUUCUGUUGGACGCCAGCACAAGUCGGCGUUUACUCAUUAGUGUACGGAGUACCCAAUGCAGUAGUUGCACCCUUCAUUGUUUGGUUCCUGGAGCGUGUUCUUUCCGAUUACUGGGCGAUUUACUUGAGUGUGAUGUGCGGAGUGGCACAGUAUCUUCUGACAGCAGUGGCGACGACAAAUGCAGUCCUGGUCUACGGAGCAACCUGGGCUGGCCUGAUCUUCGGCAUUUCCCAACCUGUGUACGUCACUCUACUUACAAGGCUGGUCAACAAACACAGCCAUGGUGCUUUAUUCUCUGUGUUUACACUGGUCUAUUCCCUGGGAUCCGCUACUUCUCUCAUCGUGCAGAGCUACGCCUAUUCCUUGGCUGUUCUCUCCGGGCACGCCCGGGAUCUCUUCUUCGUCAUGGCGGGCCUUAUUGGGAUCACCUUCAUACCCACAGUAGUGUUGCACAUCUUGGAACCAAAAGAAGGAUUUGAAGCUGACUGUAAAAUAACCGGCAAAGGUGGACCGAAUGUACUCGAUGGUUCUACUCAACGAACAGAGAGAUGUUAAUCAUUUUUUUUUUUAAAUCAUCUUUUUUUGUUUUAUCUUAAUUACCGUAUGUUUUAUACUGACGGUACGGGAAGCAUUGUAUACAUCCUAUUGUAGAAGUAUAAGUAGAUAUUGGGCCAUUAUUUUGUCUCUAAAAACCAUUCCCGAAAAUAAUGUUUUAAUGGAUUUUACCGCCACAGAUAAAUAAUUGUAUUUGAGCGAAAUUAUUGAACACUCCCUCCACCUGGUCUUCCAUAAAUAUUUUUAAUUUUUAAAGGUACAAUGCGCGAUGCAACGAUUGAUACCAACGCUAAUGGUUUCAGAAAAGCUCCGUUAAUACUAACUGUGUUGAUUUUUUCCAUUGGAAACUCAUAACUAGCAGGGUGUUGCUUUAUAUAAAAAUAAUUGUUUGGGAUAUGAAAGUCUAUAUAAUUCCGGUGUGUUACGUCUUAACAAACAAGAGGACUAUGCACCUUUAUAAAAUUAUGGUUUGAACUAAAUGUAUAUGUUAUUUUAAAUUGUAUAAAUGAAAUCUUCAAUAUUAUCGACUGUCUAUAAAAUAAAAUAAAAUAAAUAACCAGAGGUGAAUCAAUCAAUAAAUAACCAACGAAUCAUUAUUAUCACA